GGCUGCAUAAGAUGAGGCGCGAGCUCGGCAGUUCGGGCCAGCAGAAACAAACGCGCCAGCCGCAUUCCUCGACUGGGUCUGUCUGUGACUGGGUCGAGCGACUGCGGCGCCCCUCGCGGCGGCCCCGCGCCGCGCUCGAAGCCCCCCGCGCGCCCGACCCGCCUGUCUCCCCCGAGCCCCGGCUUGCUUCUUUCUACACUUCAGUCGUUCGCGCGCGCCUUUUGCGAUAACUCAUCUAUAUGUCGUUCGCUUCUUAUCGCGUGCUGUGUUUACAAUACUGUGUUGUUAUUACGAAGAUUAACCAGGCAGUGAUCAGUGUCAGUGACGGAGUGUGAAAAAUUGUACACCAUUUAGUGAAAGGAUUAUUUGUGCACCGUUGGCGAUCGGCGAGACAGCCACGGCAAACGCCGAGCUCAGCUCGGGUCAUGUGGUCAGCGCGGUCAAGCGCCGGCGCGGCGUGAUGCGCGGGCGCGAGCUAGCGGGCCGGGUGGCGUGCUUGCUGUUGCUGACAUGCGCGGCACACGCCACGGCCACCGACGUGGCGGUCCAAGAAGUAUGUCAAUCGAUGGACAUCAGGAACAACCCGGAGUCCAUGCAGAAGCUGAAAGGAUGCCGCAUCAUCGAGGGACAGCUCAGCAUCGUCCUGAUGGAGCAUGUCUCUCCCAAAUACUACAACAUGACCUUUCCCGAGCUGUACGAGGUCACCGGCUACAUCCUCAUCUAUAGAAUGCAACACGUCGGCAACCUCGGCGACCUGUUUCCCAACCUGUCUGUGGUCCGCGGGCUGCAGUUGUACAAAGACUACUCAGUCGUAAUCUUUGAUAAUGAGAACCUUGUGUCCCUGGGCCUUCGGUCGCUGACGCACAUCGAGCGGGGCUCGGUGCGCAUCCAACACAACGACCGGCUCUGCUAUGUCAACACUAUAGACUGGAGCAAGAUCAUGGGCGAGAGAGCUGAGAACAACGUUAUAAAGGGUAACUACGACAGCCGACUGUGCGGGCUGUGCCCUGACGCCCAGGGCCGCGACCGGGACCCGCGGCACUCCGGUUCCUGCCCCGCCGACGACAGCGGCCGGCUGCUGUGUUGGAACGAGAAACAUUGCCAGAAAGUGUGCCCCUCGAGUUGCGGCAACAGCUCUUGCCUCGACGACGGCAGGACGUGCUGUGACUCGCACUGCCUCGGCGGCUGCGACGGGCCCGGCCCGGACCAGUGCCGGGUGUGCAAGGACUACUCUCUCGGCUACGGCAAGAACCGCAAGUGCGUCAAAGACUGCCCCUCCAACAUGUAUAAGCUGUACCGCCGUUGCGUGAGCGAGUUAGAGUGCCGCGCAAUGAAGCCGCUGAACGACGACGCCAGCAACCGGCAAGAGAUCAACAUCCUGGCGUACAAGACGCUAAACGACUCGAGAGAGGGCGCCAAGUGCGUCUACAUCUGUCCGAGCGGAUUCCAGGAGUCUGGCGAUACGAGAAGAGCGGAGUGCGUGCGGUGUCCCGCGUCGGGGUGCAGCCGGCAGUGCAGCGGCGGCAACAUCGACUCCGCCGCCGCGGCCGACCGGUUCCGCGGCUGCACCAUCAUCAACGGGGACCUCACCAUCUCGCUGCCGGCCACCGGCAACAUCGUGGCUACCCUCGAGGCGGCCAUGAGCGACGUCCGCGAGAUCCGAGGACGGCUCAAAAUCUUCCAGUCUAUGCCGCUGGUGUCACUCAUGUUCCUGGACAAGAUCGAACGGAUCAUAGCCAAUCCUAAAGCUAACAGCACCGAAGCGUUAACGAUAUACAACAAUCGGAACCUGGAACUCCUGUGGGACUGGGAGAAGCGGAAGGCCGAAAACAAGACGCUAGAGAUCAGGGGGAAGGUCGUCAUACAGUUCAACCCCAAACUGUGCCCCAGUGAGAUCAAUAUGCUCAAAAACAUCCCCUACAAGAACGAGCCGAAUAUAGAAAACGAUAAUGGCGAUGAAGCGUUUUGCAACCAGGAAGUCCUCACGCUGGCGCCGACCCGCUUCGAAACUGACAGAGUGGUCCUCAGCUGGAACCCCUACUGCGUCCCGGACUCUCGCAAACUCCUCGGCUACUCGCUCUACUACAUCAUGACCGACCGCAACGUCACGCUUUACGAGCAGCGCGACGCCUGUUCUGACACAUGGAACGUGAUCGACUUCGCCAUCGAAGACAACCGCACGUCGCCUCUGAGCGGCUGCGACCGGCAGAUGCUGUUCAAAGUAGUCGCCAACCUCAUUCCGGACACGCGGUACGCGGCCUACGUGAAGACCUUCACCACGCGCAUGGAUAACACCAAGGGGGCGCAAAGCCCCAUUAUAUACUUCAAAACUUUACCCGGACGUCCCAGCCCGCCCACGGUGACGGUGCGAGAGGACUCGCGCGCGCAGCACAACGUGACCGUGGUCGUGACGCCCCCCGUGCGGCCCAACGGCACCAUCAUCGAGUACGUGGUGGAGGUGCAGGCCAACAGCUACAACCUGCCCAAGAUCAUGGCUAGCAGCAUCGACUACUGCAGCAAUCCGAGCCUGCUAGCCAACAUCAUAGCCGCGAAAUCCGAAGUGCCGCAAAAGGACGAGACGUCGAUGACGGGCGACGCGAAGAAUGGCACCUGCCAGUGCCGCGAGGAAACCGAGCGCUCCACCAAGUUCGACUCGCGGGCGGAACAGGAGCGCAUGGACACCAUCGCCUUCGAGAAUGAUCUCCAGAACUUGGUGUACGUCAAACAAACGAAAACGACAAAAUCCAAGCGAGAGACCAGGAUUCGGCGGUCGAUCGACGACACCGUCGUGAGCAGCAUGCUCGUCAUCGUCACGCCCCCUGAAGGCGGUCCCGACACCAUCUGGAAGGAAAAUAGCACAGACCCCGAAGGCUUCCUGCGUACGCAACACUACUCACUGCCGGGCUCUACACGCGAGUUGACCAUCGAGAACCUGCGCCACUUCUCGUGGUACACCGUCAGCUUGUGGGCGUGCCGCGCUCAGCAUCCCAACGAGACGGUCGCGGAGUUCAAGAAGACGCGCUGCUCCGACCGCGCCUUCUACACCUUCCGGACCACUGAGCUGAGUUCCGUGGACAUGGUCAGCAAAGUGCGGGCGUACGAGCUGCCGUCAAACAUGACGCUGCCGGACGUGAACGUGACGUGGGACCCGCCCGUCAACCCCAACGGUUUCGUCGUGGCCUACUCCGUGUACCUAGUGCCUGUGGAGGACAACACGAAGAUGAUGUACGGGGUGAAAAACCAGCGUUGCGUGCCACAAACGGACUACGAGAGCAACGGGCGUGGAAUAGUGUUCCACAACAUGUCGCCCGGCAACUACAGCAUCACGGUCACGCCCAUCACCGUCAGCGGCGCCGGGAACGCCUCGCAUCCAGUGUACUUGUUCAUUGCGGAGCGUGCCGCGGAAUCUGGCUACGAAUGGAUCUGGGGAGUGGUGGGCGGGAUCCUCAUAGUGGUGGUAGUGCUGGCGGGCGGCGCUUGGUACGCGCGGCGCGGGCUGCUGCUGCCCGCCGAGGGCAACAAGCUGUUCGCGUCCGUCAACCCGGAGUACGUGUCCACGGUGUACGUGCCCGACGAGUGGGAGGUGCCGCGCGCCAACAUCGAGCUGGUGCGCGAGCUCGGACAAGGAUCCUUCGGCAUGGUAUAUGAAGGCAUAGCGAAAGGCAUUGAUAAAUUAAAGCCAGAAACUCGAUGCGCUGUGAAAACUGUCAAUGAACAUGCCACUGACAGGGAGCGCAUCGAGUUCUUGAACGAGGCUUCAGUGAUGAAGGCGUUCGACACGUUUCACGUGGUGCGGCUGCUGGGCGUGGUGUCCCGCGGACAGCCCACGCUGGUGGUGAUGGAGCUGAUGGAGCACGGGGACCUCAAGACCUACCUGCGCUCGCACCGCCCCGACUCCGACAACUCGCUGCCCAAGAAGGAGUCGGCCGGUCCGCCGCCCACCCUGCAGAACAUACUGCAGAUGGCUAUAGAAAUAGCCGACGGUAUGGCCUACCUAUCGGCCAAAAAAUUCGUGCACCGCGAUCUCGCGGCGCGGAACUGUAUGGUCGCCGGAGACCUCACGGUCAAAGUGGGGGACUUCGGCAUGACCAGAGACAUUUAUGAGACUGAUUAUUAUAGGAAAGGCUCUAAGGGCCUGCUACCCGUUAGGUGGAUGAGCCCCGAGAGCUUAAAAGAUGGGGUGUUUUCAAGUAGUAGUGACAUAUGGAGUUUCGGGGUCGUCUUAUGGGAGAUGGCCACGCUCGCUAUGCAGCCAUAUCAGGGUCUGUCGAACGAGCAAGUGCUGCGCUACGUGGUGGAGGGCGGCGUGAUGGAGCGGCCGGAGCACUGCCCGGACCGGCUGUACGAGCUCAUGCGCGCGUGCUGGGCGCACCGGCCGCUGCAGAGGCCCACGUUCCUGCAGCUGGUCAACGACCUCUCCUCCACGGCCGCGCCCUACUUCCGCCACCGCUCCUUCUUCCACACGCCGCAGGGGCAGGAGCUCUUCGCGCUGCAGCGGUCUGCUCAAGACGAGGAGCAGGAGCUGCCGGGCGUGAACGUGGGCGCCGUGGCGACGGGGUCGGGCUCCAACCUGUUCGGCGUGUCGGGGCGCCUGGCCUCGUGGGUGCGCGAGCUGUCCUCGCUGCGCUCGCACGCCUCCGACGACGCGGCCGCCGAGCCGCUGCAGCCGCAGCCAUCGCUCAAGCUGCAGCCCGGCGGCGGCGGCGGCGGCGGCGGCGGCGGCGGCGGCGGCGGCGGGCCCAACGGCGUGCUGCGCGACGAGCGCUACUCGCGCGACCCCGCCGCCACGGGCUGCUAGCACCGCCACCCCCACCCCGCCGCCGCCCAACCGAAUCUACCUCCGGUCCGUCGGCCGAGCCGACCGACUUCGAAUCCUAGCCGUAAGCGUAGUUAGCGAAUUAUUCGACGAGCCGCCGAACCCGCGAGUGCGCGUCCGCGUCGCUGUAUAUAUUUUUUAAACGAUCGUCGAUUGUGCGUAUUUCGAGCCGAGCUAUUAUUAUUAUUGUUGUCGCGCGUUGCGGUGCCGCGUCGCGCCGCCCGAAGCGGCCCGCUUCGUGUCGCGCGAACGCUCUCGAUUUAUUUUUAUUUAUAGUGUAAAUUUAUAUAUUUAAGGGAAAGUCUUAAAUCUUCUCUGCAUUUAUAACUGUAAUUUAUUGCAUACGGAGUGUGCCGACUUGCAGAGGUGACGUUAUCUAGAAUAAAAUCUAGUUAAUUAUUUCGUUAAGGUUUCGUUACUGACGCGUCGACCCGCGUCUGACGACUCGUUUUCAUAUCAGGAAAUUAAUAUUUUUGGCGAUAUUUAAGCCGGUCCGUCGACGGACGCGAAUCCUAUAUAGUUUACCUCAAUCAAUAGUUGUAUCGGUGUCAUAUUUGACAUAGCCUAUUAAUGUUAAGUUUAUCGAGUAAGAUGUAAUUUUUAUAUUAUUGUGUAGGUGUAAGAUGGUGUACGAGUUGUGUUAUUAAUUUCCUGAUAUCGAACCCCCGGCCGCCGGCCGCCGUGCGCGACUGCCGCGACUCCACUAUAUUGACGCCACAUCUUUGGGAUGUUAAUGUUACGCUAUACAUCAUUAUUUCUGCAUCUUGUGCUUUUUGUUGUUAGAAGUGACAAACAUUUUACCGCCCAUGCUGCUAUGGAAGUUAUGUAAAUUAAUAAUGGGGUUGGCAACUGUCAAAGGUUUGCAUGGAUGGCGCCAUCAUAGCUUGCCCCUUUCUCUAGUUUUGUUCUAUGUGAUAUGGCUUAAAGGGCUGGCAUCCAGACCAUAAAAAAAAACACAAUUCUAGGGAUUGACAGAGCAAGUUAUGCUGGCGCCAUCUGUAUGACACUUCGACCGGCCAACGUCAUUAAUAGAAUAUUCAAGAUGUCAUUAAAACGUUUGGUCAAACAAAUUGUUCUAAUAAUUUAAUAUUGUAAUACUCAUUGUCUGAUCCUUAGUUUUUCAUUAAAUUAAUGGUAUCUAUGGAAUAUAAUGUUUCAAUCGGAUUUAUCAGUAAAGACUUGAAUUAUAAUUGAAUUCUAAAUUUAGCCUAUAUCUAAUUAUUGUUACUUAUUAUUUGUUAUAAUAAUAGUUCAAAUUAUAGCCGUAUGUAUUGACAUGAAUAAAUCUACCCAUGUAAUUCUUAAUAAUUUCCAGGAUAUAAUAUAUACACUUAUGUAAAUAAUUACUAUGAAAACAAUGUGUUCUAUAUCAAUUAUACAAUAAACAUUAUUGUAAUUUAUAGUCAUAUUUAAAUAGUAAUUGUGUUAUUAUUGUUGCAUAUGAAAAUUUACAUAAUGUACAGUUAAGUAAGUCGCAUCGUGCAGCACUAAUGUAUCGGAACAACUCGCUCUCUGCUCGGAACGUGCCAACAGAGUGUUGAACUCUUUGUUGAGAGGUAAUACGACACCACAUAAUAUAUAUCGCAGCUGUUUCAUUCGCACGUUUUGAGCAGUCUACUUUUAAUUGUAGUCUCGCCAUGAUGCUCUGUUUGUCGGAUAUUAACUUAUGUUUAUAAGAAAUUAUAAAUGCGACAGAACAGAGGACGAGCGCGUUAAUCAAUGUUUGUAUCUGAAUAUAAUGUGGACUUGCGUAAAUGUAAUUUAAAUAGCAAUGCAAAACAA